AUGACGACACGCAUCCUUGAGACGCGCUUUGAGCACAUGUCCGUCCAGGACGAAAACGAUGUCGGCGAGGCCACCAAGCUCUACUCAAAGACAAAGCUGGCAACGACGUCAAGCAAUACCCGAACGAACCUUUAUAAAGUAGCUCUUCAAUCGCAAAGCAACAAUGCAGUUGCUUCCGUUACCUUGCCUUCACAAGCGGCCCAAAGGAAACCACCACCACCAGUCAAUCCUGCUUCACCGCCUCCACCGAGAAAGGCUGUGCCCUCUACUUCAUCACGAGAGAAAGAGAAGGAUGGCGAAGAGGUCAAGUCCGCUCUGACUGAACAGCCGGGCGUACCCAAACAGUUUCACUUGGGUAUGUUUGAGAUUGGACGGCCGCUGGGCAAAGGCAAGUUUGGCCGCGUUUACCUUGCCAGGGAACGGACGAGUGGCUUCAUCUGUGCUUUGAAAGUGCUUCACAAGAGUGAGCUUCAGGCUGGGGGAGGUGUAGAAAAGCAGGUUCGGCGAGAAAUCGAGAUCCAGAGCAAUCUACGGCAUCCAAACAUCCUGCAGCUUUACGGCCAUUUCCACGAUAGCAAGAGAGUCUUUUUGAUCCUCGAGUUUGCUGGAAAGGGCGAGUUGUACAAGCACUUGCGAAAAGAGACCAAGUUCCCUGAGUGGAAGGCGGCACAAUAUGUCGCUCAGAUGGCUUCUGCGCUGCAGUAUCUUCACAGAAAGCACGUCAUUCACCGUGACAUCAAACCUGAGAAUAUCCUCGUUGGUAUCCACGGAGAAAUCAAAAUUUCCGACUUUGGUUGGAGUGUGCACGCCCCCAACAACAGGCGGAAAACGCUGUGCGGCACGCUUGAUUAUCUUCCUCCGGAGAUGAUCAAGCCCGGCUCUUCGGACAACUAUUACAACGAAAAGGUUGACCUGUGGAGCUUGGGCGUGUUGACAUACGAGUUCCUUGUCGGCGAGGCUCCUUUCGAAGAUACUCCUGUCAUGACGCAGCGGAGGAUCGCCCGUGCGGAUAUGCAAAUCCCAAAAUUCGUCAGCCCUGAGGCUGCUGAUCUCAUCAAGAGACUUUUGGUUCUUGACCCAGAGAAGCGAAUUCCUCUUGAGGAGGUGCAGAGUCACCCCUGGAUUAUCAAGCAUUGCGUCAAAGGCGAAAGAGCCACCAACCGUGAGAAGAGCUCCCGAUCUGCUGAUAUAUGA